GAACUUGUAAACACUCAAAAUUUCGUCAAUGGUGAAAUCCUGUGAUAAGCACAGUAGAAAUUGAUAAAUUUAUGGAAAAUUGUGCCAUUAGUUGUCAUUUCCAACGUAAAAUCUAAUUAAAUUCGUUUAAAGUUUGCCUAUUAGUCGUAGAUAUAAUGCCCAAGUAGUAAGUGUUUUAAAUAUAAACUUCCAAGCAUGGCAUCAUUCCAUAAAAACGUGAUUGUUUCCGAAGUUAUCAAAUCAAAAUCAGAAAUAGCUGAAGAUGAACCUAAGAAAAAAUCUCGCGAAGAUUGGAGAAAAGCUAAAGAAUUAGAGGAAGCUCGUAAGGCGGGUACAGCUCCAGCUGCCGUCGAUGAAGAAGGAAAAGACAUCAAUCCACAUAUUCCACAGUAUAUAUCGUCUACUCCAUGGUAUUAUGGUUCCAGAGGACCAACGCUUAAACAUCAACGUAUUCAACCCGACAAUGUACCCCAAUACGCUGGUAUCGAUGAAUGGUACAAACGUGGCGUUAAUGAAGAGUCCAAAGCUAAGAAAUGGCGCAAAGGUGCGUGUGAAAAUUGCGGUGCAAUGACGCAUAAACGUAAAGACUGUAUGGAAAGACCUCGAGCUAGACCAGCCAGAUUCACCAAUUCUCAAAUCGCUCCUGACGAAUUCGUCCAACCUGUAUUGAAUCAAAGUUAUGAUGGAAAACGAGAUCGUUGGGCUGGUUACGAUCCAUCUCAACAUAAAACCAUCGUCGAACAUUAUCAAAAGAUAGAAGAAGCCAAACGACAACUCAGAGCUGAAAAAUUAAGUAAAGAAACUAAAGAAGGUGAAAAUAACGAAGAAGAGGAGGUUGACGAUGAAGAAGAAGAUGAAGAUAAAUAUGUAGAUGAUUUCGAUAUGCCUGGUACGAAAGUAGACAGUAAACAGCGAAUUACCGUUCGUAACUUGAGAAUACGAGAAGAUACGGCGAAAUAUCUCCGUAAUCUGGACCUCGGUUCUGCCUUUUAUGAUCCUAAGACGAGAUCUAUGAGAGAUAAUCCUCAUAUUAACAAAGAUCCCGAAGAAGUGGACUACGCUGGCGAAAAUUUUGUCCGUUUUACCGGAGAUACUCAGAAACACGCAACCGCUCAACUAUUCGCUUGGGAAGCUUUUGAAAAAGGUGUCGAUGUACAUUUACUAGCUGAACCAACCAAAUUGGAACUUCUCAAAAAAGAAUACGAAGAAAAGAAAAACGAAUUUAAGCACCGAGUACAAGAAAAGGUCCUAGAAAAAUAUGGUGGUGAAGAACAUUUGAAAGUUCCACCGAAAGAACUGUUGUUAGCGCAAACCGAAGAAUACAGAGAGUAUACCAGAUACGGGAAAUUAGUGAAAGGAGAAGAAAAACUUAAAGUUGUCUCGAGAUACGAAGAAGAUGUUCAUCCUCUUAACCACACAUCUGUCUGGGGCUCAUUUUGGUCAAAUGGUGAAUGGGGAUACAAAUGUUGCCACAGCCUUAUUAAAAAUUCGUACUGCACUGGAGAAGCUGGUAAAAAUGCUCCCGCCAUUACUACCGAUCCGUCUUCUUCUGCUUUUUCGAAAAAAGAAACGAAGCCGUCUAGCGAAUCGUCAUCGUCGUCUUCUUCGGGUUCUUCAUCAUCUUCGUCGUCGUCUUCAUCUGAUUCUGAAGAAGAUACAAGUAAAAAGAAGAAGAAGAAGAAGCAGAAGAAAAUGAAGAAAAAGAAAACGAAAGAAUCUAAAGAAGGAAUUGAUGAUAAGAAAUUGAAAACGGCCUUGCUGAAAGAAGAAAAGUCGAAGUAUACAGAAAUUGAUGACCGUAAACGAAAAUACAACAGUAUGUACGAAGUGAAGAAACCUUCGGAAGAAGAAAUGGAAGCUUAUUACAUGAAAAGAAGUAGGGAUUUCGAUCCCAUGGCUUAAAAUUCGUUACUAAUCGAGUUUUUUUCGAUUUUAUUUGUAUUGUAAAUAAUCUAUUAUUAUGAUUCGUUGUUAAGGAAUUAAAUUGACUUUAAAUUGA